AUGUCUGUGAGAGAAAAUGAUAACACAACUACACCAAAUUCGGAAACUAAAAUCAUGGAAGAAAUCUUAGGAGUCACUAAAUUUGACGAAAAUUUAACAUUUCUUGUUAAGUGGGCAAACAUUGAAGAACCUCAGAUAAUAUUAGCAGAACAAUUAAAUCUUCUGUAUCCACAAAAAGUAAUUAAAUAUUACGAAGCACGUCUUAGGUUCGAUUGA